UAUAAACAGAAACCACCACUGUGCUGAGUCCGCCCGCACUGCGCUUGUGAUCAUCUCAGCCGCUGAAAAAACCACCAACGUCGUGAGUUCGAUUCCCACCAAUUCUUUGCACACUCGAACCCCACUUUCUGUAACACUUGCGCCUCUCAACUAGGAACCCAGGUGUUCUGCCUAUCAGCUUUCAACGUUUGCUGAGUUUGCUCACACAGUCACAAUGGGUAUGAAGGUUACGAUUCUGUCUGAGCAGAUUGCACAUAAGAUUUAUUCCCAAAAAUCUUGGCGACAGAAGAACAUCAAAUUUUCAUUACAGAAAGCAGAGAUGGCAGCUUCUGUUCGAAGCAACGUGUAAACGAGGAACCGAAUUUGAAGAGGUCGGUCACACGCCUAAAUAUUUUUAGCAGCAUCAGAAAACGCGUUUCAAGUAAUGGUAGUAGUGUCCGCAGACAAAAUGAUAAUGAAAGUGACAAUGUUUCAAAUAGAGGAGAUGAUCCAGAGGAAUUGCAGUACAGAAAGGCUAGUUGUUUGUCUUCUUAUUACAGCAUUUUGCCGCGCGCUUAGCAAUCAUGGUAAUGCUGGCCAUCUUAAUAGGUUUGCUUACAAUUUUGACAUGGCACUUCACAACAGUGUACACUACCAAAUCAAUAAAGAGUUUAGCUUAUAGUCUCCGCUAUGAGCUUUUGCAACGGCCAGUCUCCAGAAUGUACAACAUACUUAAUUCCACUGUGGAAAUAACCAUGGGACAAGUUCGGCUGUCAGAGUAUCUUAUUGGUCGCUAUCCGCCACCACAGAAUCCUAACAAGCAAGUUCAAUUAUAUGAAAUGAUGAAGAAUAUCACAUGGGCGCUUUUUGCAAGUAGGAAAGCACUGAAUGCAAUAACCAUAAGUUAUAGUAACGGGCGUGUUCAAGCUUUUCAUAGAGAUCGCAAGAAGAAUGAGACAUAUUACAUUUUCUCUGAACCUGGCAACUCCACUUUUUUCAGCAACUCGCAGGAAAGUGAUAAUAUAGAGGGAAAGUUGAAAGCUCCUGUCUGCAGUUGGCCCAAUGUUUCACUUACUGGCAACAAUUUAUCUAUUUGGUACAGGGAACCUCUUGAUCCUUCUACUGGUGAGAUAAAUGGUCCUCGUGAGGAGAUCCCUCCAGAUGCUCUCAUUAAUAUUGCUGGUAUCUCAGAAAUAUGUGAUGGUGAUGCUUCCUGGCAUGUGACUGUUAGCAAAUUUACUGAUAUGCCUCUACUGUCUUCUGCAUCUCCUGUGAGACGUCCUACCAAUAAAAGUAUAGUGGCAGUAGUUGGAGUGAGAACAUCACUUUUAAGUGUUGGCCAGCUGAUGAAAGACUUGGUUGACUUGCAUAGUGGCCAUAUGUACUUAACUUCUCUAGAAGGCUAUUUACUUGCAACCUCUACAAAUGCUCCAUUGAUGGUGAAUACAACAGGUCGGCCAAAGCUUAUGACUGCAAAUGAAUCAACUGAUCCUAUCAUAAGGGCCGGUGCAGAAUGGUUACAGAAAAAGUAUGCAAAUGGGUCAUCUUUCAGCAAGGAGGUUCAUGUGGAAAAUGUUUUGCUUGGACAACAAAAGUAUUAUAUUGACUCAUUUAUUUUGAACUUAACAAGACUUCCAUUGGUGGGAGUGAUUAUUAUUCCAAGGUCAUUCGUACUGGGGGAGGUUGAUCGUCGUGGUCAUGCUACUUUUGUUUAUCUUAUAUCAGCAUCCUUUUGUAUUCUCAUUAUAGGAUGUGUUUGCAUUUUAAUUUUGACAAGUGGAGUCUCAAAAGAAAUGAAAUUACGGGCAGAGUUGAUAAGUCAUCUUGAUGCUAGACGUCGAGCAGAAGCUUCAAGCAACUUUAAAAGCCAGUUUUUGGCAAAUAUGAGUCAUGAACUUCGAACACCGAUGGCUGCAGUAAUUGGGCUUUUGGACAUCUUGCUUUGUGAUGAAUACCUCACUACUGAGCAAAUAUCUAUGAUUUCACAGAUUCGCCGUUGCUCUACAGCUUUGCUACGAUUGCUGAACAACAUUUUAGACUUGAGCAAGGUUGAAUCAGGCAAGCUAAUACUAGAGGAGGCGGAAUUUGACCUUGGACGUGAGCUUGAAGGACUUGUAGACAUGUUUUUUGUGCAAUGUGUUGAUCAUAACACUGAACUUGUUCUAGACCUUGAUGAUAAUAUGCCUAAGGUGAUACGGGGAGAUUCAGCUCGAGUGGUGCAAAUAUUCGCAAAUCUGAUAAGUAAUUCAAUCAAGUUUACUUCAUCGGGACAUAUUAUAUUACGAGGAUGGUGUGAAUACUCAACAGUAAACAAGAAAAGAGAUGGAGAAUCUGAAAAUGAGAGAGAUUCCUGGUUUUCCCAAAAGCUGAGUUUCGGGCAAUCUGAGAGAAGAACAUCCCAAAGCCAAGAGAAAAUAACGCUAUGGUUUGAAGUUGACGAUACGGGUUGUGGAAUUGAUCCUAGCAAGUGGGAAUCAGUUUUUGAGAGCUUUGUGCAAGCUGAUCUAUCAACAACUCGCACGUAUGGAGGAACAGGGCUUGGCCUCUGUAUAGUGCGUUCAUUGGUUAACAAAAUGGGAGGCCAGAUUAGUGUCAGACAAAAAGGAGGUCCAGGAACUCUUAUGCAAUUGACUUUAGUGUUUGGUGCACCUUCUGAAAACUCGGGACAAAUUUCCCAGCAGAUUUGGAAGGGUGUUGAUAAGGACCACACAAUGGUUCUCCUAGCCCUAAAUGGUGACAUUGGCCGUUCAACAAUGUCCCAAUGGUUACAAGCAAAUGGCUUCCAAGUACAUCAAGCAGCCAACUGGAAUGAAAUGAUACAAGCUCUUUCUAAAAUAGAUUGUAUAAGAUGCUCUGAUCUACAUGAAACCAAUAGAGUCCAGUCAAAGAGUAUGACAGAGUAUGGAGUCCCACUGAAAGAAUGUAGUUGUACAGAAUGCAAAGAAGAUUCAAUAUCUUCAAAUGAUACAAGGGUCCUCUAUGGUACUACUGGAAAGAAACCAUCAAAUGCUCACAAUUUUCUUGCAGUUAUAGAUUCAAGGUUCUUGGAUGUGGAUAUAAAAAUCUGGAAAGGUCAAGCAUCUUAUCUCAAUAAAUAUCGAGGAAGAGUAAAAUUCGCAUGGCUCUUGAAUCAUGAUACAUCUGCCACUGUCAAGCUGGAAUUGAGGAAAUCGGGCCAUUCUAUCAUGGUUAACAGGCCUCUGUAUAAAUCAAAACUUAUUCAGAUAUUGACAGCAAUGGUAGAAGAUACAACAUAUCAAGCAGAGCAAAAGGGUACUGGUUCAGGAUUGUCAAACUUGCCACUUAACUCACAGCAACGGUUGAACAUUCAAUCUACAAGAAUUCCUUCAAGUGAAGAACCAUCUGAUUACUUUUUGGAUGAAGAUUGUCAUGAUAUAACCCAGGAAAUUGGUGAUCAAUUCACAAAAGAAAAUGAAAUAACUAAAAGUACAUGUCAUAUCAUUCCAAAUAUUCCAGACAGCACAUCUGCUGCCAAAAGCUUGAGUGGUUCUGUAAAGUCCAUAAAUGAUAAACAAAAUUGUAUUCCACAUCUAUUGAAGAAAACUAAUGGUUUAGCGAUGACUGCUCAAACCUGUGAAGAGCCUGAAGGCAUAAAUUUGCAAUCUGAAAUGGUAAAUUCAACGAGCAAAUUCAAAGUUGACUCUGUAUCCAGUCAAACUGAUACAAGAACUUUCUCUAAGAGCCUUGACACUAGCCCAACCCCAGAAUUAGAUUCUAGAAUAUACAUUGAAGAUUCCUCUCACAGUAUGAAAGAAUCAAAAUCUUUGAUGUCUGCCUUUUCUAAACACUGCAAUGGUGACACAUUCAAUAUUCAGCUGGCGUCAGAAGGUAACAAUAAAUCUCAAAAUGAAAAUUUGCCUCAUGAACUUUCUUGUAUUCCAUCUGGCCCAAGCUUGCCAAUUAUGAGGCUUGCUGGAGGUCCUCCAUCUUUAAAUUAUGAGAAGGAAUGUUUAGAUUGCAUACACCAGCCAAUAAUAUCUGAACCAACUCCCAAAGCUCCAGUACGAUGGCCUCCCUCAAAUGGUACUUCUACAGAGAAGUAUCUAAAAGGCAUUCGGAUUUUACUUGCAGAAGAUACACCUGUUCUUCAAAGAGUUGCAACCAUCAUGCUUGAGAAAAUGGGUGCUACUGUAGUUGCUGUUGGGGAUGGACUGCAAGCAGUAGAUGCACUGAAAUGCAAUUAUGAUAUGGGUGAUUCUGACAAACUGAACCCCAUAAAUAAAGCAAAAGUCCAUGGAAAUCAGAAGACAUCAGAAGAUCUUUCACCAUUUGAUCUGGUUCUCAUGGACUGCCAGAUGCCCAAGAUGGAUGGUUAUGAGGCAACAAAGGUCAUUAGGAUAGCAGAAGAAGGAACUGGUCGCCACAUACCUAUAGUUGCAUUGACUGCUCAUGCUAUGUCUUCAGAUGAAGCAAAAUGCUUAGAGGUGGGUAUGGAUGCAUACCUUACAAAACCGAUUGAUUCCAAACUGAUGGCAUCCACUAUUGUUGCUUUCACCAAGAGAAAAAAAUGAUAUUUCCCUCUUCACUAACAUACAACCAGCAAGUAUGUGGAGCUGUCGUCUAUUGCCAAAGGACAAUGACCUUACAGACAUGCUCAAGUAUCUUGCCAUCAACCUUCAGCUAAGAAACUUAAUUAAAAAGGGAAUUAACAUUUAGCAAAGCUAAUUAUAAUUAUUUGUGUUACUUUUCCCUGUAUCUAAUCAAUGAGCUCUCUGCUGUGAACAGACACCUAUCCACUUCGUGGUCCCAAUUUUUUGAAAUAAAAAUAAAAAGAGAGUAAUUUAAUUUA